CUCAUUUUACAUGUGAAGUUGUGGUCAAACCAAGAAUGCCCAUUUUCUCUGCUCCUCCAUGUUUUAUUUAGUGGGCGUUCCUCAAAGUUCAUGAGGUUUCCUUCUCCAUUUCUGCAACUGAAACUCAAGAAGGUUCUAUCUUUCUUACAUUCUCGUUAAUUCCGUUCCCCUAUUUUUGAUUCACAGAAUUGCGAUCAUUACUAGGAAAACAUUGUUGUUGAUUCUAAAUAUACUGAUCUAUCUAUUUUCUUGAUUCGUACAUAUUCCAUUCAGUUGUACUUGUCCUCAAUUUAUUUCUCCGGGAUUUUAAUAAAAUUUGUCUGAUCUUUAUAUUUCAUCUUACAAAACGUUAUAUCCCUCUGUAUCAAUGAAGAAGAAACCACAAUUUUACAAUCCCAAAGGCGAAGGCCAGUUGUUUCGAAAUUAGAUUUUCUAGGAUUCAUUUUAACUAUAUAUUGGAAAAUCUUGUGGCGAGAAAAUGUCAAUAAUCUGUGGAUUGCCCAUACUGGAAUGUGUCUACUGUCUGGCUUGUGCUCGUUGGGGAUAUAAACGAUGCCUUCAUACGGCAGGUCAUGAGAGUGAGAGCUGGGGCAUUGCUAGUGUUGAAGAGUUCGAGCCUGUUCCUCGUCUCUGUCGAUUAAUUCUUGCUGUAUACGAAGAUGAUAUACGAAACCCUCUUUGGGCUCCAGUUGGUGGGUAUGGUAUCAAUCCAGAUUGUUUGAUUCUUCGAAAGACAUACAAAGACACCUGUGGCAGUACUCCUCCUUACAUAAUAUACGUUGAUCAUGAUAAUGUCGAUAUAGUCCUUGCUAUUAGGGGUCUAAAUUUGGCAAAAGAGAGCGAUUAUGCUGUUCUAUUAGAUAACAAGCUCGGGCAGAUGAAGUUUGAUGGUGGGUAUGUCCACAAUGGCCUUUUAAAGGCAGCUGGGAGGGUUCUUGAAGCCGAGUGUGAUGUUUUGAAGGAAUUGGUGGAGAAAUAUCCAAAUUAUACUCUAACAUUUACGGGUCAUUCUCUUGGGUCAGGGGUGGCUGCACUGUUGGCCAUUGUUGUGGUGCAGAAUCGGGAUAGACUAGGGAAUAUAGAUAGACGUAGAGUGAGGUGCUAUGCUAUAGCCGCAGCUAGAUGUAUGUCCUUGAACUUAGCAGUGAGAUAUGCGGACAUCAUCAAUUCUGUUGUGCUGCAGGAUGAUUUCUUACCCCGGACAGCCACCCCCUUGGAAGAUAUUUUCAAGUCCCUCUUCUGUUUGCCGUGUAUAUUGUGCUUAAGGUGCAUGAGAGAUACAUGCAUACCAGAAGAGAGGAUGCUAAAAGAUCCUAGACGACUGUAUGCCCCUGGUCGACUAUAUCACAUUGUUGAGAGGAAGCCUUUCAGAUUGGGAAGAUUUCCACCAGUUGUGAGAACAGCAGUGCCCGUGGAUGGGAGGUUUGAACACAUAGUUCUUUCCUGCAAUGCCACUUCGGACCAUGCCAUCCUUUGGAUUGAAAAAGAAGCGGAGAGGGCGUUAAAAUUAAUGUCGGAAAAGGAUAAAUUCAUGGAGAUUCCAGCGAAACAGAAAAUGGAGCGACAAGAAACUUUAGCAAGAGAACACACUCAAGAACAUAAGGCAGCACUGCAGCGGGCAAUCACUUUAGCUGUUCCUCAUGCCUUCGCUCCAUCUCCAUAUGGAACGUUCGAUGAUGAUGAUGGAGGAAGCUCUUCUUCUGCUCGUAGUGGUAAUAAAAGCAGUGGAUCCUCCAAGAAGAACAAGCCGAGGGAGAGUUGGGAUGAAUUAAUUGAACGUCUGUUUGAGAAGGAUGUUUCCGGUCAUAUGCAACUUAAGAAGUCUCAAGUGUAAGUAUACUUGGCCAAACAAAAGUAAAAGAGAAAAUAAAAAAUAAAAAAUCCUGAUGAAAAGAUGAAGACACCAUUCAUUUUAUUUAUUCUUAAGAUGCAUGUAUUAUACUGUCAUUCAUAUAUGAUAUGAUUUGUGUUGCUGUGUCAUUUACUGGACACAGUGGACUCGUUUUUGUGGUA